CCUCUGUAGAGUACAAUAUAUAUAGAGACUCACUAGCUGGUCACCUCAUUUGAUAUCUGGCUUCUGACUUAAAUAAGGUGUCACCAUGGAGAGAGGAAUCCUCAUCUGGUCUCUCUUGUUGUUCCUUGCCCUGAAUAUCGUCUACCCUAGUAGAACCCUCAACUCAAUCCAAGAUCUAAAGGACUUUCCUGUCCAUCCCCUCUCCACAUCUCAGCUCAGGUUGCUCUACUGGCUCGCCAGCCAAAUCAACCACAUAGACAACAACAACAUCAUGACAUUCAAUUUUGAUCCAACCAGAGGAGACUAUGGUUCUCAUUAUUAUAAAAACAUAGAAAGGGUGUUACCUCCACUUUUAAAUAACAUUGGAAACUACUACACCCUAGGAAAUCUAAAUAUGAAAAACGCUCUGGAUCUCCCAGAAUAUGUCACUAAAGAAUUUCUCAUUUCAACACAUAUUGCAGAGAAGUUAAAGAAUAACAGACAGAGGCUCAUCCUCCAUGCCAUAUGGAAUCAUACAACGAUGUUCAUCACAGUGGAUCAGGUCUACCUCACUCAGCACUAUCCACCCAACUGGGGGAGAGGUUCUGAAUACGACCCAGAUAACACCUACCGCAUCACCCCCAACCUCCUGAGAGAGAUCCAGACGUUCCAGACCCUCUCAGCAACUGAUAUCCAAAACCAAUACGGCAUACAAAUAGGCCCAACAAAUCAAAUAGAAGAUCCCUUGCAGAGAUUAGCAUUGUUUUUCAAAAUUUUUAAGAAUUUGAAAACAUCUUAUAGCAAAUGCUAUUCUAAUACCAAGCAACGCCGUCGACGUUCAGAGAGUAAGGAAGAGUGUGAUGAUUUGAAGAUGAAGCUGGAGGUAAAGACCACAUGUAAAGGGACAGCUAGGAUCAGCUGGGAUGACAUCCCUAAGAGGCACUUGAACCCGGAUGUGUUUGUGGUGCUUUAUCAGAACAAGGACAGUGAGAUCCAGCUAGACUACACCAAGAUAAUCGAGGCCUCUGGGAACUUCAACACAAAUGCAGCUCUAAAUCACGGCCUGCAGGUCAGGCUUCACAAGAGCAAAACCAAUUGGGGGACAAAAACUCCCGGGGAGAUCUGGAGAGGUCUUGAGUUUCACGACACCAACAGGGAGAUUCCUGUUGGCAUAAGAGGUUAUGACGCCAGUCUGCAGCUCUACGUUAAAGAUGGCAAGGCCAGCGCUCGCCUGUACGUCAGGAACUCUUUCACUAACUGGAUGGAUGUGUUUAAGAGCUCCUGGGUUGGUUUCUACUCCAAUGGAAACACAGGCACCUCUACGUGUUAUACGUGGCAGUGGGCUGUGUAUUUCUCCAAGGAAACCCGCUCGGACAUACCAGAGUAUGAUGUGUAUGUGUAUCAGUCUAGUAUGGCCAUAUCUCCUGGCGUCCAUGCUAGAUUCAUACUCUGGAGAAAAGCUGGAGAAAAAGCCCGUACCUCAGACUGGGAAAUACAGAGACCUGCCAAUAUAAAUGUUAAUAUAAACGGUUACGACGCCAGUCUGCAACUAUUUGUUAGAGAAGGCUAUGCCUGCGCUCGCCUGUACAUCAAGAAGUCCUUCUCUGACUGGAAGAGUAAGUUUUACUACUCCUGGGUUGGUUUCUACUCAGAUGAAAAUAAAGCCAACACGAAGUAUGAUAAAAAUAUGUGGCAAUGGACCAUUAAAUUCUCCAAGGAAAUUCCGUCUGACAUACCAGACUAUGAUGCUUAUGUAUACCAGUCUUCUUUAGCCAUGUCUCCUGGUGUCCAGGCUAGAUUCAUACUGGAUCACAAUGAAAUGGCCCGUACUCUACCCUGGGAAAUACAGAGACCUGCUGAUAGUAAGUCUCCUGUUGAUAUAAACGGUUAUGAUGCCCUUCUGCAGCUCUUCGUUAAAGACAACAAGGCCAGUGCUCGCCUGUACAUCAAGAAGUCCUUCUCUGACUGGAAGAGUAAGUUUUACAACUCCUGGGUUGGUUUCUACUCAGAUGAAAAUAAAGCCAACACGAAGUAUGAUGCAAAUAUGUGGCAAUGGACCAUUAAAUUCUCCAAGGAAAUUCCGUCUGACAUACCAGACUAUGAUGCUUAUGUAUACCAGUUUGGUAGGACAAUGUCUCCUGGUGUCCAGGCCAGAUUCCUACUGUCUGACAAUAUUGAAAAGGCCCGUACUCUACCUUGGAAGAAUUAGGGCUUGAUUCAAUCUGUAUAGCUGAAGUUCAGCGCUAAUGCGCAAUAUAUAUUCAAAGGUAAUUUGCGAUUGAGCACCACAUAUGCAGCAUCUACCGUGAAUGCCAUCUCCGCGAACAAUAAGAAUAACAAUAAUGAGGCUAUAUACAGGGGGCUCCAGUACCAAGUCAGUGUGCAGGGGUACAGGCUAGUUGCUUUAAAAUGUUGUUUUUUUGCGCAUUAGCGCUUACUUCAGUGAUACAUGAUUGAAUAGAAUUUACAGUGCAUCCGGAAAGUAUUCAGACCCCUUGACUUUUUCAACAUUUUGUUACGUUACAUUCUUAUUCUAAAUUGGAUUCAAUCGUUUUU